GGAGUCCUUCACUCGGCAGCAGCUGAGGUCAGCCGGAGCAGUGAAGCAGUGUGUGGAGGAAAACUCUAGAUGAUCAGCGGCAGCAGAAUGGCGAUGAGGAUAAGAGAGUUGCUGCCAAGUCAUGGAUAGACCGCCACAAUGACACAUGAGACCCUCACUAACUCCCAGCUGUCUGUCAAGGCGGUUGCCCUGCGCAUGGUGGACCUGCCGUUGUCCGUGUGCAGCUCGCUGACUCAGCUGGAUGUCAGCACAGGCACCAAGAAGCUGGUGGCCGCCGCUGCCUUCGGCGCCGUUUCGCUCCUCUUCCUCGCUCGCCGCUUCCAGAGGAGGAAGGGCAGGAAGAAGGCUCUCUCUCCUCAGUGGGAGCAGGACGGCUUCGAGUUGAUCUCCUCGGCCGCAGAUAACACCAGUAAGAACAUCACUCUCUCCCUCAACUCCAAGAAAGGCCUCGCCUCCGGUCUGCUUCUCAACUCGGGAGACUACAGGAAGAUGUCCGGCUCUCUGCUGAGCCUGGCUUCGGUGAAAAGCAUGAACUCGUCGAGCAGCAGCACCUGCGCAAAUGAGUCCAUCUGCUGGGACCGAGCGGUGGAGGCUGACAUCUGCAGUGUCGUCAACUUACCUGUGACCACACCGGAAAACCUCUACCUCAUGGGUAUGGAUUUAUUCGAGGAGGCGUUGAGGCGCUGGGAGGAAGCGUUGACGUUCAGGAACAGACAGGAGGAGGAUGAUGCCAGCUGUGCAUCCGUCAAAACGGGAGCUGAAGAGGCCGUCGCUGAGCCGGGCACUGAGGAGGUGAUGAGUACAGAGUUCCUCCACAGGCUGAAGUCUCUGCUGCAGAGAGCCUACAGCCUGCAGGAGGAGUUUGAGGGGGUGCUGUGCCUGUCGGAGCCCUCGUCCCUCUGCCAGGGUGAAUAAAUGUCAGACGUUUUGUUCAGAGAGGAGCUGGACGACGCGUGUCUGAGAGACAGCAUGAGCAUCGCCUCCAACGACUCCUUUGUGUCGGCUGCUGAGCUGACGGAGCACCGAGAGCUGCGCAGCGUCAUCGCUCUGGGUCCUCACCUUUUCUACGAGGAGGCGCUGCAGAUGGCUGAGGACGGAAAGAUCUCCUGCCGGGUGCUGCGGACCGAGAUGCUCGGGUGUCUCGGGGACAUCGACUUCCUCGCCAAGUUGCACUGUGUGCGGCAGGCAUGUCAGCUCAUUCUGUGUGAUAGAACGACCCGGAUGUUUCUGGCCGACACGGGAAAGAAAAUUCUGUCUUCAAUUAUUGUUAAAGCACAGAAGAGCCCGAAGAGAUUUGAGGAAGUGUUCGAGGAGAUGAUUUCCUUCGUGGAGCACACAGAGCACUGGGAGAACACGGAGGUGGAGCUGGCCACCCGAGGGGUGAAGCACCUGAACUUCUACGACAUCGUGCUGGACUUCAUCCUGAUGGACUCCUUCGAGGAUCUGGAGAAUCCACCCAUCUCCAUCCAGAACGUGAUCAACAACCGCUGGCUCAACAGCUCCUUCAAGGAGACGGCGGUGGCCUCCAGCUGUUGGUCAGUGAUGAAGCAGAAGAGACAGCACAUGAAGGUUUCUGACGGCUUCAUCGCUCACUUCUACGCGGUGUGUGAGCAGAUUAGCCCGGUGCUGGCCUGGGGCAUCCUGGGGCCCAAGAGCUCCCUGCACGACUUCUGCUGCUUCUUCAAGGAUCAGGUGCAGUACUUCCUGAAGGACAUCUUUGACCUGGACAAAGUGCGUUACUCGUCUGUGGAGACUCUGGCGGAAGACAUGCUCCACCUGCUGCACCGCCGCUCCGAGCUGCUGCUGGCUUACCUGGGAGCCGACUCGCUGCGGCAAGCCAACAUCUGCAGCGCCCCGCCGAUGCAGCUGCUGCCCAGCGCCUUGCUAGAGGCCCGAGUGCAAUGAAGGACACACACACACACACACAAACAAGCAUCAAAACUACAUGUGGAAAUAUUAGCAUUUAUCGUGGGGUGAGUUUACUGUGUGCAGUUCAACUGUCGGUAUCUGUUGCACAAAACUACUCAUUUACACUUUCACCGUGGUCUGACAUCACAUCCCCCAUCAUGCUUUGUGCUCUCACUGCUCUGUUUGUGAGGGUAAACUGUACCUUGCCUUCACACUUGAUCAGUUUUUCAAGUAUGGCCUCCUCCUCCUCCUCUUCCCCGCUCCCUAUUGACUGUGCCAUGGCAGUGCACGUUUCAAAAUCAUAGCAAUAAUAUUUCAAAUUAAGCAAGCUGUGAGACAUUUGAUAGUAAUCAUAUCGCAGUGUAUAUUCUGCUGUGUACAUUUCAGCAUAUUUAUUGGUGUGUGUUAAAAGAAGGGUAUUUAUUUUACUAUGUAGGAUUUAUUUUUUAAAGGUUGUAGUUAUAGAAAGAUAUAGUACGGAUGUCAUAUAAUCUGAGGUUUACUAGAUGUAUUAACACAUCCUGCUGCACAUCAACAAUGCAAACAAUGAAAUGUUCUUUUUGUUACAAGCACAUCACUUAAAGGGAGAAAGUGUUAGUCAUCACAUUUAGAUUCAUGAAAGCUGUUACUUUUGGCACCGUGUCUCACAAACCUUAGUGCAAUAUUUAAAUGAAGCCUAGCUCAUGCAGCUAAAACCCGUAAUCCCAUUUUACCGUCAGACACAGGAAAUAAAGAUGAUACACCACUAUUGCACAAUACUGCAGCUUCUUCAUGACAGGCCAACACGCUAAAAGCCUUACUGUAAUAUCACAUGUUCCAGCCGUGUCUUCAUCACUGAAUGUCAGUCUUAUUAAUACUAUAUAUAUAUAUAUUGAUGUCCGCUCCGCUCGUCAGUCACUGCCAUGUACAGAACAUGCUAGCUUUGAGCAGCAGACGAAGGAGAAACUGAAUUGUAUGCGUUGUGAUCCAUGUUAGAUAUUUUAGGAGGUAUUGAAAUUGUUAGUUGCAGGAUUUUCCUUUGGAUUCAUUUAUAUUGAAAGGUGCAUCACAAAGCAAAAUACAAUGCACUUUAAUGUAAUUACCGGUGAUGGUGCUUGUUGUGAGGCCACUUCAGUCACGGGUCAUAUCAACUUUUUUUUCUCCAGUGCUUUUAUUUUGAAAAUCCCUCUUUAGGUUUGAGGUUCCACUGGUGUUUCUUUGGUAUAUCACUGUCCAUUUCUCUGUCAAUGUUUUGAGAUGUUGGGUGAAAACUCAGUGUUUCCCAGGCUUUUUCAGUAUCAACGUGUUCUAGUGUUCUUGGUAUGUAUAAAAUGGUGAAUUAUCUUUAGGUUUCAUAAUGUUUAGAUAAGACAUCGCGAAAUCAUUUUUUGCAGAAUGAACGAUGGAGUAAAUCAAUGAAGCUUCAGGUUUUUGUAGAAAGACUUUACUUGAAAUAGCGGGGAGACAUUGAUAAAAACAGUAACUCUUGAAGUUCCUCAUUGGCUGUACAUUCAGACGGUGUUUUUUUUUAAAGCAAUUUUGACCCCCUAUGUUCAGCUGCAUUUUAACAGAGAGGCAUUUGAUGUGUCAAUCUAUUCUUUAAAGUUGACCUUGGCAAAAAAGCAAAGACAUUUUUACAUUAGUGAGUUGUUUGUGUAUAAAUAAAGCAAAUAAAGACUU